GCAGUGUUGUCCUCCCUUUAAUGUCCACAGUCUCUUGGUCAUCCCCUGUACAGUCUGCAGUCUCUGGUCAUCACCUGUACUAUCUGCAGUCUCUGGUCAUCCCAUGUACUGACUGCAGUCUAUUGUCAUCUCCUGUACUGCCUACAGUCUCUGGUCAUCACCUGUACUGUGUCUGUAGUCUCUGGUCAUCUCCUGUACUAUGUCCGCAGUCUCUGGUCAUCUCCUGUACUGUCUACAGUCUCUGGUCAUCUUCUGUACUGUGUCCGCGUCUCUGGUCAUCUCCUGUACUGUCUGCAGUCUCUAGUCAUCUCCUGUACUGUGUCUGCAGUCUCUGGUCAUCUGCUGUACUAUGUCUGCAGUCUCUGGUCAUCUCCUGUACUAUGUCUGCAGUCUCUGGUCAUCUCCAGUACUGUCUGUAGUCUCUGGUCAUCUCCUGUACUAUGUCUGCAGUCUCUGGUCAUCUCCUGUACUAUGUCUGUAGUCUCUGGUCAUCUCCUGUACUAUGUCCGCAGUCUCUGGCCAUCACCUGUACUAUGUCCGCAGUCUCUGGCCAUCACCUGUACUACGUCCGCAGUCUCUGGCCAUCACCUG